CACUCACAUGAUAGCAAACCCUCAACCAUUUUGCCUUAAGAAAUAAGAUUAAAAAACGACGACGACGGAGCAUGCACAAGUCGGAUCAAAUUACUCAUGUGACAAAUAAAAUCGUGAGGUCAUCAGAUAAAAGACAUGGUUAUAGCAGAAUAUAAACAUGCAAUCGUCUUUCUCUUUUUGUCUAUCGUUUUAUGGUUAAAAUCUUCAAUCGCGAAUCACACAGAAAGCGUUACAACUGCUACUGUAAAUCAUCUCAAUUCAAUAUUGACACACAAGAGCACUGAAGAAAUGGAAAUUAUAGAUCAUAAUGAGUCAGAGCCUUGGGUCUUAAUCACAAUAAUUGCAACUACAAUUGCAGCUUUCUUUGCAAUUGUCAUUCUCUUAAUUAUAUGUGUUUAUAAAAGACGACGCAGUGAAAGAAUUGAAAGGGAUAGAAAUCUGUCAUAUAAUAAUAUGAAUUAUGAAAGUACAGUGAAAUUUAGAGAAGAAUUGGAACAAGAAGGUGUUGUAUUAAACAGUGUAAAAAGUUCAGCAGCACCUGAUGUACAGAAGGCGAAAAAUAACGCGAGAAAUGAAUCUGGUUAUGAGCGCGUUGAUUUACCAAGUGACUUACCAUCAUCUAAAAGACAUUACGAAAACGUUACUCCUCGAAAUUUUAAACAUCCUUGUGAUAAAUCUCACCAAAAUAAUCAACAAUAUGAGAAUGUUUUUCCCGUGUCAAAGAAAGAAAGUGAUGCAGCUAAGACACCUGUUGGUCGUUAUGAGGAAGUUUUCUUGGAUUCAUCGACUGUCAUGACGAAAAAUGGUGAUGGGAAAAGGAGCAACGAUCAGUACUAUGAGAAUGUUGAAUUAAAAAAAAAAUGAGAAUAGCCCAUCUUUAGUUGAUUGUUCAGAGUUGUAUAUGUCUUUCUUUGGGAUAAUUUUUUGAUUUAAGUCGAAGUUCUAGGGAAAAUAUAAAAAUCGCAGUUUAUCAAACACUGUGGCUAGCGUGUAACCUGGGUGUGAAAUACCUUCAGCAUUCAAGUACAUGCAUGUUGUAGAUUUGAGAACAAUAAGUAUUAUGUUGUACUUCGUUAAGUUUUCUUGAACAGAAUAAAAUUCAAAUGUCUGCUAUUUUUGCCAUAGUCUAUGGACAUAACAAAGAGAAGUAGUCAGCAAUUGCCUACAAAAGAUUAUGCCGUGUUUGGUGAUGUUGCAACAUUAAGAAUUGUUUUGAGAAUUAAUAAUUGUUGCUUUCUUCUUAAUUGUUCGCACUGUUGCCGGUGUAUCUUCUUGAAGUUUAGUCUUAAAACAGAGGCACCGUUCAUACUUUUCUCGAGUUAUAUGAUCAAAAAAAUUUAACAUUUUGGAAGAGUGCAAACGACAGGAUGAAAUAUGUAAUUUGAGUCCCACUCGCUGAACAUGAAAUAAGAUAGUCAUAUCGGUCACAACGCGUUACUCUUUGGAAUGACAAUAUCCUUGGAGUCUACAUAAUUCUUAUGUUUCAGUUGAAUUACUUUAAUAAAGGUCAAACUUAUUAUAAACUGAUGAAGAAUGAUCAAUAUAAUAUGAAAAUGAUAACAUAUGUGAUGAUGUUUGUCGUGGCAGACACCAUUCAUGGGAGCGGAACUAAGUUAACUAUAUCACCAAGUCCAACUACAACAAUCGACGGUAACAACAGCAUGAGUAUUUCAAAAAUAAAAAGCGUUCCUUCUGUAACGUCUAGAGCAUAUUCAACUGAAACAACCCCAUUGUUGAGGGUCAUUAACACAUUACCAUCGAUGAUCUCAUUUGAAAGUAUCUCAUCUUCGAACCCAUUCACAAUGACUAAAAUAUCUUUCUCUACUGCAUACGUAACAUCAUCAACGGUGAUAAAUAAAAUCGUGGUACCAUUACAAUCAAGACAAACACAUGCCUCAAAAGCAUCGUCUACAGGUUUGGAAUCAUCCACAUCCAAAGUUCAAAUCAAAAUGGAGACAGCAAGAAUUUAUAAUGUCUCAAAAGCAUCGUCUACAAGUUUGGAAUCAUCCACAUCCAAAGUUCAAAUCAAAAUGGAGACAGCAAGAAUUUAUAAUGUCUCAAAAGCAUCGUCUACAAGUUUGGAACCAUCCAAUACCAAAGUUCAAAUCAAAAUGGAGACCACAAGAAUUUAUAAUGUCUCAAAAGCAUCGUCUACAAGUUUGGAACCAUCCACUACCAAAGUUCAAAUCAAAAUGGAGACAGCAAGAAUUUAUAAUGUCUCAAAAGCAUCGUCUACAAGUUUGGAAUCAUCCACAUCCAAAGUUCAAAUCAAAAUGGAGACAGCAAGAAUUUAUAAUGUCUCAAAAGCAUCGUCUACAAGUUUGGAACCAUCCAAUACCAAAGUUCAAAUCAAAAUGGAGACCACAAGAAUUUAUAAUGUCUCAAAAGCAUCGUCUACAAGUUUGGAAUCAUCCACAUCCAAAGUUCAAAUCAAAAUGGAGACUACAAGAAUUUAUAAUGUCUCAAAAGCAUCGUCUACAAGUUUGGAACCAUCCAAUACCAAAGUUCAAAUCAAAAUGGAGACCACAAGAAUUUAUAAUGUCUCAAAAGCAUCGUCUACAAGUUUGGAAUCAUCCACAUCCAAAGUUCAAAUCAAAAUGGAGACCGCAAGAAUUUAUAACACGACAACUUUGUCUGCAAUUACACCGAUGAAAUUUAGCUUGCAUUCGAUACAGAAAACGUCGUUAAUGUUGAGUUCAUCAUCACCUUCACCAACUUUGAAAAAAACGCUAAUUUUUAUAACAAAAAAUGAGAAAAUACUAUGGUGGAAUGUUUCAUCAGGAACUCUGAAAGUUAUGUUUUUUGGGACAUUUAUUGCAGCGUGCAUUUUAAUCAUUCUGCUUCUGGUAACAUGUUGCUGUUGGAGAAAACAAUCAAAAGCAAAUAAAUUAAUGAAACAAAAUAAUACAUCCAAUCCUCAUGUCAAUAACACAAAUGUGACAGGACUUCCCUCCCCACUUUUACUUCGUAAGUUUUCCCAGAAGCCUGAGUCAGAUUACGACCAACCACUUGAAAACGUAGAAAAUUCUGAGAUUUCUUAUGUCAUUACAAUUGCUGGAAAUGCGUCGAACUAUGCCUCCGCUGAAGAAAAUAUAUCUGACAAUGAUGGUGAGCAACGAAAUGACGUAACAUCAAUUUAUGCAAAUGAGCUAGGUGACAAUCGAUCACAGGGUUAUGUAAAUGCCUCUUUUGAGGAAGAUGGUUAUCAAGAACUUAUAUCAACGAACCGAAACAAAGAAAAUCCUUAUACAUCGUUAAUCAAAAACAACACGAUUACCGAGCAAACUGAUUUAUAAUUCAGGAAAUGAAAGUAACGACUUUUUUCUAUCAAACACUUAGUGAUCAUAACGUCCAUAAAUGACAGGACUAAAUCUAGUUAGAAAGUUCAGAGAAUUCAUAUUUUAAUCAAACAAUACCUAUUUAAUAAAACAACUGAAUAUCAGA